CACAGAUCCGGCCAUCUAUAGAGUUCAGGACAAAUAACCAGAAGAUUUCAGCCAUUACUAGAGACCGUGUUUUGUAUUGCUCUCAAACCACAUGUCGUAUUGACUAAUUCAUUCUGUUUUCUCCAAUCUCUCCUCAAAUCACAAUGGCCCACAUAUUUGACGUUGCACCUCUUAUCGAUACCGGAUAUAUUAACGGGAAAAAGGUCGGCAGCCAAGUGAAAUAUCCAAACACUGGUACUUUCAGCGGGUUCAACAAACCAUUUCGCUUGGAGGGCGACAUCUUUGACCUUGAAGUAUCAGGAAGCAUCCCACCAGAGAUCAAUGGGACAUUUUAUCGAGUUCAACCUGAUCAUCGAUUUCCUCCCGUCUUUGAAGAUGACAUCCACUUUAAUGGAGACGGCAAUAUCACUGCUAUACGCAUUCAAAAUGGUCAUGCAGACUAUAAGCAGCGAUAUGUCAGAACCGACAGGUUUUUGGCAGAGACUAAGGCACGAAGAAGCUUAUUUGGGAGAUAUCGCAAUCCCUUUACGGAUUCUGAGUUGGUGAAAUCUGUCAUCAGAACAUCAGCAAACACCAAUAUCACCUUCUGGAGGGGGAUGCUUCUAGCCUCGAAAGAAGACGGCCCGCCAUACGCAAUGGAUCCAGUGACACUGGAAACCAUUGGCCGUUAUGAUUUCGAGGGGCAGAUCCAAUCUCCAACAAUGACUGCUCAUCCUAAAUUCGAUCCGGAAACUGGUGAAAUGAUCUGCUUCGCUUAUGAAGCUGGCGGUAACGGAAACGAUGGAUCUCGUCAAAUUGCUGUCUGGACAAUCGAUGCAAAUGGUAUCAAGACAGAGGAAGCUUGGUACGAAGCUCCUUUCUGCGGUAUGAUCCAUGAUUGUGGGAUCAGCAAAAACUACGUCGUUCUGCCUAUGACGCCUCUCAAGUGCAACCCGGAUCGCCUUCAAAAAGGAGGUAACCAUUGGGCAUGGGAUCCCAAAGAAGACCAGUGGUAUGGCAUUGUCCCGCGGCGAAAUGGAAAGCCCGAGGACAUUAUCUGGUUCCGGUCUGAUAACGCAUUCCACGGUCACGUUGCAGGCUGCUACGAAAACGAAGACGGCAACAUCGUUUUCGAUCUUACUGUAGCAGACAGUAACGUCUUCUUCUUCUUCCCACCAGAGGACACACCGGCUGGUACCGUUGCAAAGCGGAACCGCUUGAACAGCCCUACCAAACGCUGGAUCUUCGAUCCCAAGAGUCCUUCAGGGACACGCGUACAGGCCAGUGAAGAGUGGGACACCAGUGGCGAGUUCUCCCGUAUCGAUGAUCGCUAUGUCACCAACAAGUACAAUCACUUCUGGCAAGCAAAGAUCGAUGGGUCUCGAGAGUACAACGCUGCUAAAUGCGGUUCACCAGCUGGAGGACUCUUCAACUGCCUGGCUCACUAUACAUGGGAUGAGAGAACAGAAGAUAUCUACUGGGCCGGCCCUUGUGCUACGUUCCAAGAACCGUCAUUCAUACCCAAGAAAGAUGGCGCAGAGGGUGAGGGUUGGUUGAUUGCAUUGUUGAACCAUCUUGAUGUUCUGCGCAAUGAUGUAGUCAUCUUUGAUGCACAGAACCUAGCUGCAGGUCCUGUAGCUACGAUUCAUCUGCCCAUGAAGCUCCGUCUUGGACUUCAUGGUAACUUUGUGGAUCAGACGGAUAUAGAGGAGUGGCAGGUGAGACGACAGCCUGGUGGGGAUGUUGGUCCCGUGAGGCCGGCUGAGAAACCAUUGCCCUGGCAGUCGGAAGCUGACAGCAUAUGAGUAUUGGCUGGUCAUUUGUGGGAAGAACCGGACUCUUCGGCUAUGUUAAGGUUGCAUGAAUUACUGAUCACUGGACUUGUCUAUGGUGAUAGUGCAUUUUAUAGUUAAGCUUUCCCUUUAUAAAUACUUAAUGCAAGUUAAAGUUACA